UGGAAUUCAUGAUGGCAAAAGGCUUUGCCAAGCAUCCAAACGAGGUGCAAAUAUGAAGUUUUGUCUCCUGAAUGUAUUGGUGGAAAUAAUUCUUCUGAGGAAAGAGCAAGCCAUCUUGGUGAAAAAGCUCACUCGUGAACCUGGGGAGGAGGCCUCCUUUCCCUGUGAAGAGGUGGGCUAUCAAACGCAUCUUUUUUGGCUCCCUCUGAAUCCCAAAUGUGCCAACACCAGCACAGACAGAGUGGAAAUAAACUGGAAUCCCGCCAGGAAUGAAGUGAUUCCUCUUCGGUUCGACCAGCGCCUGGUUUACCAGCCUCCACAAUUACUAAUUCUUAAGAACCUCGUCAUGAGUGAUUCAGGGAUUUACAUCUGUCGCUUAUCCAAUGGUUCAGAAACUCACACCAACCUGGAGGUCACCACAGGCUGUCACAACAAUAUCUUGGUCUCCUCCCACUGGCUCAGCAUCUCCUAUUUGCAGCUCACAUGCCAACAUUGCAAUAACCGGAAUACGGACAGUUUCCGAUGGCUGCUGAACUCCAAGCGACUAGGCAACCACCGUUGGGCUAAGAAAAGCAACAUGGGCUCUUCGGUAUUAUUACAUCCCAUCAGGGAUAAGAUAUGGGGACGCUGGGAGUGCCAGUCUAUUUUCAAUCCUGAGUGGAGUUCUGAAAUUUGCUUGAGUUCACCCGCUGGAGAGACGGAUGAAAUUCCUGAAUAUAUCGAUUCUACCCAGCCCACCUGGUCAACAUUGUCUGAUUGGUCAAGUCCUGCUACCAUUCAGAUGACUGAAGUUACGCAGAGACACCAUGCUGUGGAUAGAAUUGCUACCUGGAUUUGGAUGCUGCUGUUAGCUGGUCUGGCUCUGAUCACAGCUGCCCUGGGUGUGACCUUGUAUUUUUGGAGAAAAGAUUUUUCAGGCAGGGCGACUGGUGAAAGAAUGGAGCAUCCAGAUUUUGCUUCCGCGAGAAAUCCCAUCAGAAAGGGAAAAAUAAGCAAGCAGGAGAGUUUGGAUGAGAGAUCUGCUUCCCUCUAUUAUGCUCAGCUGCAACAUCUCCAAGGAAAAUCUCCCCCCGUUCAGACUCCAGACAAUGCCACAGUAUAUGCUGUGAUUGUUUGAUACCAGCUUUCAUCCCUUCCUACGUGCACUUGAAGACUGCAUCUUUUACCUGUUUCACCUGUUAAGCUUCACCUGGGUUCUGCUUCUAACAGCAUGGUAUGGAGCCCAUCAGGCACAGGACCAAGCAAGUCUUCCCAGUUCCAAGUAUCGAACAAGAGUUUUCCUUGUCUACAUGUUUCCUUUCAGAAGGGUGGGACAAGAUCUAGUUGAGCCGUGGUGGCGCAGUGGUUAGAGUACAGUACUGCAGGCUACUUCUGCUGCCUGCCAGCUGCCUGCAAUUCAGCAAUUCUGUCGUGUCCCGCUCCCCUUCCGAUGACCGGGUCUGGGAAGUCCAUAUCAAGCGUGGCCAUGAAGCCUCUGCAGCUUUGCCAAAUUCCUUUCAGAUUUCUCAGGGCAGGCAGGAAUCCAAGUUGUGACUUCAGCAAACUAGAUGAGUCUUUGCUUGACUCAAGGAAUGCCAAAAGCAGGUCCUUUAUAUAGGCUGUGGGGUGUGGCUCCAUGACUCAGCAUUUAUCCAGGCCUGCCCCUCCCUUCCUUCUGCUGACGUCGCCUCUCGGAUCUCCGGAAGUGAGGAUCCUCCCACUUUGAAUUGUUUUCUGCUGUUUGAGAAAGGGAGGGGUCAGAAGGAGUAGGCCCGAGUAAUUCCAAUCCGUGGCUGACUUCCUCUGAUGGCUGAGCCAAAGGAACACAUGCCGUAUGAGUGAGGUUUGUUUGUUCAUUCCUGACAUCCUGUCCGGGCAUGGGGCCAGGGCCGGGGGCUGGAGGCAUGACAGGCCAUUCAUCUUCAUUAUCAGACUCAGAGUCUGAUAGUAGACCCGGGACGAGAUGGGAGGGGCCGGCUGAGGAUAGGAGGGAGGACGAGGCACAACAAGUUCUCACCAGGCUCAGCCUUCCAUCUUUCCGAGGUGGGUAAAAUGAGGAGUCAGAUAGUUGGGGGCAAAUAUGCUGACUCUGUAAACCUCUUAGAGAGGGCUGUAAAAGCAUGGUGAAGCGGUAUAUAAGUCUAAGUGCUAUUGCUAUUGCUACUUUCCUACAGCCACAGAGACUGAAAUGUACCUGGGGCCCUUGUAUUUUUAUCACCUUGUAAAUUUAAUGUACAUUUAUGAUUGCGGCAGAAAACCAGAAAUCAUUUCUAAUGUAGUGGUAUAAACAUAAUAAAUAUUCAGUACCAGCCAUGGAUUCCUGGCAAUUGAGGUCUUUCUUUCCUUCCUGUAUACAUUGUUGAUUUACAAAAUACACCAGAAACACAAAGGAAAGUUUUUAUCCUAACAGCAAAGUCAAGGUCUGAUUUUUUUCAAAUGGAACGUGCAAUGCUCAAUGUUAUUCCCUAGAAGUUAAGUUGCCCAGAACAAAAGGACUCUUGAGAGAACUGGCACAGAGUGACUAGCUGCGUGACAGGCCCAGUAACAUUUAUUUAGACAUAAAGCAAAAACUGUGCAAAACAAAAAUAUCAUAAAUGGGACCAAAAAAAAAAGAGUUUGUAUUUUACAUUCCUACAGGUGAUCCUCCUUGCCGCCACUGUUGUCCGCUGUUGAGUGUCUGCUUUCUCUAAUCCCAAUGAGGUUUACUGGUAUAAUGUCAUCUUGCUUGUACAGGUAGUCCUCGACUUACAACACUUCAUUUAGUGGCCGUU